AUCCUGCUCUAAAUUGCACUUGUUUAUUUGUGUUCUGAUAAUAUCGGAAAUGUUAACUACUUAUUAUUAAUUUUUAUUACACUACAAAUGUAGAAAAGUUGGUGAACUUAGUUAAAAUAGUUAAACUUUGUUAAUGUUACUUAUAAAAACUGAUAAAAUUAGUUAAAAAUUUAGGUACUAUUGUGAUUCAGCUACUAUAUUAACUGUAAGCAUCACAAUGCUGAAUAUUUACCCUUUGAGUGUUCUAUGACACUUGGAUAUUGAUUUCAAAUGAUCUAUUGGGCAUGGCUAAAGUAACUAGGAAAUGGGAAAUGUUCCCUGGUCGUAAUCGAUUCUGUUGUGAUGGCAGACUCAUGAUGGCACCAAAUGCAGUAGUAUUUUACAUCAAUGUGGUCUUAAUAAUUGGUACUAGUGUUUUAUUUUUUGUAUUUGAUUGUCCAUAUCUUAGUUAUCGUGUCACUCCUGUAAUUCCAAUCAUAUCAGGUAUUUUAUUUUGUUUUGUCAUUGGUUCUUUAUUCAAGACUAGUUUUACUGAUCCUGGCAUUAUACCUAGAGCUACUUUAGAUGAAGCCAAUUUUAUUGAAAAACAAGUUUAUAUUAGUAUGCCAAAUAAUGGUGGAGCACCAACCACGAGACCUCCUCCUAGAACUAAAGAGGUAAAUAUCAAAGGAAAUUUGAUCAAGCUUAAAUAUUGUGUAACAUGUAAAAUAUUUAGACCACCAAGAGCUUCCCAUUGUAGUUUAUGCAAUAACUGUGUUGAAAACUUUGAUCAUCAUUGUCCAUGGGUUGGAAAUUGUGUUGGUCGAAGGAACUACAGGUUUUUCUACAUGUUUAUUGUUUGUUUAUCUCUACUCAUUAUCAUUGUUUUUAUAGGAGCUGUAUUGCAUUUAUUUUACUUAUCAGAAAAUAAGUUAAUGGUUGAUGCAAUAUCAGAAUCACCUACUAGUGUAAUUGUUGUAAUAAUUACUUUCUUUAGUUGCUGGAGUGUUAUUGGUUUAGCUGGAUUUCAUACAUUUUUAUCAGCAUCAAAUCAAACCACCAAUGAAGAUAUAAAAGGUUCUUUUGCCAGUAGAACUGGACGUCCGAAUUCUAAUCCUUAUAGUCGUGGUAAUAUAUGUGCUAAUUAUUGUUAUGUCUUAUGUUCACCCCGUCCUCCUAGUUUAUUAGAUAGACGUGGUGUUGUUUCAUCUUUAGUUGAAUCUAAAUUUGUGAGCAAUAACACUAGUAGAGAUACAGUUAUUACCAAUAAAGGGUUUGAAACUUCUGAUAUUUCUGUUAAUCAAAAUGGAAAAUUGAGAGCCAAUGAUAUACCUCUACAUCAAUAUGGUUCAUCCAGUAUGCUACCACCAGAAAAUAUUGAUCAUAGCCAAUGUACAUUUACCUCAUCAAUGCCAACUAUACAUCAUCCACAAAAUCAUCAUGUGCAACAAAAUCACAUAAUAAACGGUGUGAAACUUAAUACUAGUGUUUCUUCAUUAAAUAAUGCUUUCAAUGACACUGGGAUAUAUGAGACUAUUAAGCCUGGUCAUUUAGAUUCAGAACAUUAUUUAGAUGAAGGAUCUAAAAUAAUAACUGCCAGUGGUCCCCCCUUGAGUGCAAGCCGUCUUCAACUACUUCAGGAUACUACUAUGAUCGAAUCUGCUUUAGAUUUGGAUUCUUUGGAAGAGACCUCGUCAAUAGGGACUGGAAGUCAAGUGAAAUUAGUGAAAAAUAAAAAUACAUUAUAAAUAUCACUAUUAAAGACCUUCAAUAUUGGAAAUAAUAUUUUGUGUAAUUUCUUUCCUAAUUUUUCUAAAUUAUUAAAUGUUUUGAAUUUUAGGUUUGAUGUGUAUCAAACUAUGAUUUGUAUUACUUUUAAAUUAUUUAUGACUUGUUUAGUGGUCAAGUUUUUUUUGCCCUAAGUGACUGCCAUAAAAAUUUAAGUAAUUAAAAAAACUUCAAAUUUAUUAUAAGUUGGUUAUAUUUUUCUUAUUUAAAGAAUAAAUUACUUAUUAAUGUAUAGACUAUUAUAAUACUAAAAAUUUGUUAAUACUAAACACAAUGUCAUGUUUUGCACUUUUUUAAUAUUAUUUGUGAAUUAAACGUUAGUUAAUUAAUUAUUAUACAUAAUUUAUAUUUUUACAAAAUAAUUCUUUCAAAUUCAAAGUCUUAACAAAGUGUUAAGUUUGACUUUUGUAUUGUUUAAUGAUAAUUUAUUGAUGAUAGCGUCAGGGUUUAUUAAAUAGGUAGAAAAUAUUAUUGUUAAAAAUGUUUAGUAAAUAAUAAUAGUUUUUAUUAUUAUUUGGUGUUACCAUACUUCAUAAGACUUAUUAUAUUCAAAUAGGAAAUUUAACCAUAUUUUAUAAAUAUAUGUGUAUAUAUAUAUUUACUAUUAAACAUUUUUUUAUUGAUUUUUAAAAAGGAAAAUAUUGGUUUUUGAACAUGGUUGUGCUUUUUACUUUAAAUAACACUUUUAAAACUAAUUGGAAACCAUAUUUCCUGAAUUUUUCUAAUUCAAUGUAAAAAUUAUAUGUUAUAUUAUCUUUGUAAAUGUAUUACUAAUUAUAAUCUUUCUUGUUAAUAUAUAUUUUUUUUUUACUCACUGUUUAUUAUUGUUAUUUUAAGAUUAAAAGUAUUCUUUUCUAUGUGUAAAGUGAGUUUUUUAGUUUAAUAAUGGUAGCAAUAAUAAAUAACUAAUUAUUGAUACAGUGUUGCCUAGUCGAGGACAUUUAAAAUUUAUGUCAAUUGUAUUUCUAUUAUAUUGUUAGUUAUUAUUUAGGGCUGCAUGUCUUGAAAUCCAAAACUGAUAAUUUCAACAAAAUUGUAAUAAAUUAAAUUUUUAAUA